UUUGUCCAUCUCUAAUUUCCUAAACUUUAUCCAAGUUGGGAGGGGGGACAUUAUUUCCUGAAGAAAAAAAUAAAAAUAAACCAUGUCUUUAGAAGGAAUAAAAUGAUCAGGGGCGGGGCCACCUUGUACUAAGAAUAGUCAGGUGAAUAACCACCAUCGAAAAAUUAUAUUGCGUUUAUAGAUAAAAUGUCAUUCUAUUUGGUUAAGUAUACAGGUUUGAACAACCUUAACACAUCUGAAGAUGUAGCUUAGCAGUGGUACGUGUUCAGUGAAGGCUAAAGGCGACUCGCGCAUCGGUUUGAUCUCAGCGGCUGUAAUCUGAUUUUAUCGUUUUAAUAUUUUCAAAGGAACUUCUAUUUUGAUGAACACCCAUUUUGUUGAACAUUCUUCAUCUCACCUUUCGAAUAAAGAUACCGUUUGCAUACAUUCGACUCUCUCAUAUCCCACUUUGAAGAAAUAUACGAGUAUAUUGUUAUUGUAAUAUAUUUGUUCGCUAUUAUUUUGAUGACGGGCUACCCAAUGCAAACUUACCACCAAAAACCCGACCCGUUUAACUAACCCAAAACUAAAAACCCAACCCCAUACUUCUUACUACUUUCUUUGAGCCUUUAUUUCGAAAUGGUUGAUCCAAUAUUUUUAAAAACGGCCGUUCUACCUUCACGUAUCUCUCUACCUUAUCGAGAUCUCACUUUGUAUGACUAUACUAAAAAAAAGUAGCUCGAUGCACUGAGCUCUCAUUAUGCAUACGGCCCAAGAACGAGUCUAGUAUAAUAACAACUUUAUCCGUUACUCCAAGUCUUCCCUUCUUAUACGACUAUACUAGCUAAAAAAUUGUGGGUUUUGUUGGAAUUUAGUGUGAAAAUGGACCUUCGUCCCAGAAAGAAACAAAUACAGUUUAUAUCUGGCUUCACACAAGCUGAGGUCGAGAAAAUGGAGAACUUACUAAAUGAAUCAAGAGAACAAGUUUGUGACGCAGAAAUCUGCAAGAAAUUGGCAAAGAUGUUCACGCGCUCUAAAGGACGUGCUGGGAAACCAAUUGUUAAGUGGACUGAGGUCCAAGCUUGGUUCCAGAAUAGGUUGGCAUGCGAUCUGUCAAAGGACAAUUCAGCUGAGGCCAACCAAAAACUGCCUGAUAUUACGGAAGGAUGCAGUCUAAAUAAAGCAAAUGAAAGCUCUCAUAUUCCGAAAGGCCAAAAAGAUCCAGUGCUGUCAGACUUGGAAUUUGAAGCUAGGUCUUCAAAAGAUGGGGCAUGGUAUGACAUUGAUACAUUUUUCUCUCACCGGUUUCUCAACACUGAACAACCUGAGGCUCUUGUGAGAUUUGUGGGCUUUGAACCAGGGGAGGAUGAAUGGGUAAAUGUAAGGAAGGCAAUCCGUGAGCGUUCUGUUGCUCUCGAGGAUUCAGAAUGUAACAAAGUUAGAGUUGGGGAUCUUAUUUUGUGCUUCCAGGAGGGAAAGAACCAGGCAAAGUAUCUUGAAGCUCAUGUUAUAGAAAUCCAGAAGAGAUUUCAUGACAUAAGGGGCUGCCGAUGUCUCUUUGGGAUUCGAUACACUUGUGAUGACACCAAGGAAACAGUUCGUUUGAGGCGAUUGUGUGUUCGACCAAGCAUAUUAGGGCGUCCUUGAUGCAGUUCGGUAUAUGCUGCUCAAUUGCUCAAUCAUAGAACUGUUUCAGAUGUAGAAGAAAGAAGUCAGAUGAUCGCAUACCUUACUCGAUUUGAGAUAGCCGACCCAAACUUGUUUGGGAGGUAUAGUUGUUGUCGUACUCCUAUUCGAUAGAUGCAAAGAAAUUUGUGAAUUGCUGCACUAUGUCUAAAGCUAUUGAUGUCAUUAUCGACAGCUAUAGUUGGUGGAAACAGUGAAUUAUUGAGGCACCUGGGCGUAACUCAACCCCAAAAGCCAGCUCAUGAGGGGAGGAUUGCCAAGUCCAUAUAAGCAAAUCGUCAGUCCAUUCCCCAACCGAUACCGAUGUGGAACUUUCACCCACUUCUACAAAAACAAUUGUUAUGUCAACUUCCUUUAGACUCUAUGGGUUAAUACAAAGUAGCAAAAAUGACCAUUCAGAUAUGCUUUGAUGUUGUUUAUUUGUAUUGUAUUUUUUCCUUGGUUGCAGUGGCUAUUACCUUUA